GUUAGAGAGAAAGACUGAAAUUUAGGGAAGGGACAUGCUCCAGUUCCAGAUCAAAAAAUUAAUACAAGGUUAAAGUAAUAAAAAAAAAAAUCCAUUAUAUAACUCAUGUUACAUGCGUGGACCUCCGUACACCACUUAAAUCAGUCUUCCUCCCACCUGUUCCCUUCCCUCAUCCCCCUUCCCCUGAAUUUCUAUCGACUUUCACUUUGAGAAAAUGUAGACGAGAAAAAGAAAAGCAGGGUCGGUUCAGUAAGUCAAAAUAAUACGUUGAGACGUACUUUGUAUAUAGGUUUCCUUUGCUAACAUUUUCAUGAUCUGUGUAGAAAAAAAUAUGUUGAUGAUAUAAACAAGAGAAACACAAAGGCUUAUAAUUGUGUUUGUUCACGUGUCAUAUAUCAUACACUGAGCGGUUCACCUGCUCUAGUCCACAUGUCAACAAAUCACGUGCAGUCCGCAGGCUGCGAUGCUCACCAUUAUAUAUGUGACCACAGCUCGUGCUGCUCACCUGUCACUGUGUGCAAGCUACCAAAAGACUUGUCGAUCAGCAGGUCACACGUACCUGUGUCUCACCUGGCAGAGCUGCGCGACUGUAAACAUAAAACUACCUUUUCUAUCAAAGAUCACACGUUUGGUAAACCAGCUUUUAAAACCAGCAGCCACGGUGGUGGUCACGUCAGCCCAUAAGGCUAUUCCACAACCUCAUUCCUUACUGUCCCUUCCCUUACCCUAUUCUUCAUCAAUUAUCUUCUUUAAUCCCGAACAUCCUAUCAUUUCAUCAUUUCCAACCUCUUCCCUUCCCACAAAUCUUCCAACUUCUCACCUUUUCACCUCUACCUGUCACUUUGUUACCCUCCAACUCCCUCUCUGA